GAUCAAUCUGCUGCUGGAAAGACCCUGGGCCUCCGGGUGCUGGGGGGGAGUUCACCGGCAAUCCUGGUGCGGGACCUCGAGGGCAUGUACCACGCAAAGCACUGGACGGGACAGUACACUGCCGUUAUUUCCGAGGACACCUACCACAUUCUCUACAACUGCAUCUCCAUGGCUCGGAUGUGCUAUAUCCUCAUGGGCCGGCAUGUGCAUCGCCCAGGCGGGCCAAAGCUCAUCACCCAGUACACCAAGAUCAUGGUGCUGCUGUACUGUCUCGUGAACUCUGACUUUGGAUACGAUGUGCAGCGGCUGGACUUUAGCACGAUGGACGUGUUUAUCAAUCCGUCAGCUCUAGUAAAAUAG